AUGCCUCCUCAAGACUCGGUAAAUGCUAUGGCUACCGCAAUGCAUAUGCAUCAGCAAGAAGAAGAGGCUCUAAAAAAAGCCCAGAAAUCUUUGGAUCAACAAGCGUCUAACUCCAAUUUUGUUCCUAUUGGGAACCUUUCAGAGGCCGAAAAUGAUGCUUCUUCUUCAACUCCAUCGGUCCCAGCCAAUCUUACUGAUGUUGAAGAUUCUAGUUUGCGAAAUAAAAAAAAAGAAAAGGCCCCAUCCAAAGCAGACAAUAGGUCUUCUUUUCUUGCUCGGCCUCCUGAAGUAAAGCAAUCCUCUCCGUUUUCAUGGGGAGAUGAAGAGGAGGGCGAAAAUAGUGGAAGUUUCUCAUCAAAGUCACAGAAAAGAGCAAAUGGGAUAUUUGGCUCCUUAUUCUUUAUAUUCGGCCAGAUGAGCAGGAUUUUUUUGUUUAUAAGCCCUGCUCUUAUCGCCAUUCUUGUUGUUAUGUUAUUAUUCAAGCCAAAGCCAUCUGAGAUGUAUUCUCUUUUGGAAAGACAAGAAAACAGGCUAAAUUGGAAGAUGGAGAUGUGCCGGUACUCUCUUUAUUAUAUCAUUACUGUGGUUUUGUAUUAUAUAAGUCCCGUUGUUUUUCAGAUAUUUCUUUAUCUGCUCAAAAUCAUUCCAAAUAACCUUCCCGGAGGUAUUGGGAAGAGCUUUGUUGCAUGGCUGGAUUACUUUUUUGGAACAAAAUCGUAUUGGGGGUUUGUUAUUUUUACCAUUUCUUUCCACAUCUUAACGAUCAAUUUGCUGGUCGACAAUAAUCCUCCUCUUUGGAAAGAUCCGGUCACCGGUGAGUCCUUCAAAGAAAAUCCGAAAUCUAAUUUAGAUUUUUAUUAUAAGGAGCCCCCAAGCUCCUCCUCAGAUACGAUGUCUUCUUUUCCCAAUCUUCCUCCAAAGGUUUCUGCGGCACUUGACGGAUCAAAAAUUUCCAAUCUCGUCAAGACCAUUACCGAUGGGAACGUGGUAAUCAUACACAGUUUGACAAAAUGCCUAGUGGUAUUUUCUAUAUUUCUUGCAAUCGAAAAAAGCUUCAUUCAAAUCAUCGGCGUGAGAUUUCACAAAGUUGCCUUCGCCGACAGGAUUUCCGAGUUAAAGUUGAAGAAAACCUAUUUUGAAGAUCUUCAUUACAUUUCAAAAGUGCGAGCAGGAAGUCGCAACAAUGGGCUUUCGUUUAAAGUGUUGACCCCAUCCAUCGGCAGAGGCUAUGACGUCGAAGCUGGACUCGAUUUGAAGGCUAUAGAUUUAACGGCAACAGAAAAGUUGGAAAAGAAGACCAUCUCGUCCUUUUCUCCUCAGACUGUGGGAUUUGACGAUAAAAGCCCCGAAGCUUUGGAAGCCAUAGGAAAGGCCAAGUCUAUUUACCUCUACUUUUCUUCACUCAAAGAUGCAUCUGAAUGUGAAGAUAUCACUGAAGAUGCCUUUAAACCAUACUUUAGGGAGGAUAUUUAUAAGGAUGUAUUUAGGCUAUUUGACAUGGAUGGAUCGGGGUCGAUAUCCAAAAAUGAGCUAAAAAACCUUGCGUUAUCACUGGUCAAAGAAGAACAGGCCAUCAAGACUUCGUUGCGAGACCACGGUCAAAUUGUGCGGAAACUCGAUGCCAUUCUCACAAGUAUUGCUUCUUGCAUCUCUUUGGUAAUAUCUCUUUCGUUUUUCCAGUAUAAUGUUGGCGUAUAUUUGGCGUCCAUUGGCACCUUUAUGCUUGGCUUUACGUUUAUUUUUGGAGGAUUUGCAAAGGCUAUAUUUGAGGAUCUGGUGUUUCUAUUUAUUACGCAUCCUUACGACGUUGGGGAUGAUAUUAUGCUAAAUGGGGAACAAUCUACCGUUGUCAACGUUGAUCUCCUCACAAGCACUUUCCUUCGAUGGGAUGGACAGCUGAUAUUUGUGCCAACUCAAUCAUUGAUAAGCAAAGAAAUUCUUAAUAUAAGAAGAAGCGGGGCUCAAGCGGAGUGUUUUGAUGUUUCUAUUUCAUCCACAACUUCUGUUGACAAGGUUGCCGCUCUCAGGACAAAUCUCCAACAGCAACUAAAGGAAAGUAAAAAGGAUUUCACAGGAAAAGUGGUCAUGAUCGGAUUUGACGUUGAUGGCGACAAAAUGCGACUAAGGCUGACGGUCGAGCAUAAAACAAACUUUCAGGAUUUGGAAACGAAAGCUCAAAGACAUAACAAGAUCAAAAUGAUACUGAGGCAAAUUGUAGAGUCCGAGGGCAUAACUUAUUAUAACUUUUAG